AUGCCCGCGAGAACGUCGACGAGGUCGACGCGGUCGUCGGCCGGCGUCUCGCACAAGUCGUCCACGACGAGCCUCCCUCGUACAUCAACAGCGUCGCGCGCCUCGUCGACCGCCAACGUUGACAUCCCCGCCGAGACCCCCGACAACGCGCUGCGCACGCAGGUGGCGGCCGUGUUCCGCGAGGCCCAGCGCACGACCGCGUCGCAUCGCAAGCUGGCCGUGACGCUGCGCAAGAUCCAGGAUGCCUGCUGCUACGAGCCGACGUCGACCAAGAAGCCGGCCGCCGGCUCCGAAUUCGACGAGGACGACUUCAACUCCGAGUUUGUGCGCUGCGCGCUGCGCGUCAUGCCCAUCAAGAAGAGCGAGGGCGUCGGCGACAAGACGAUCCGCUUCAUCGGCCUGUUCCUGCGCCACGCCAUCGACAAGGACAACGAGGCCAUGGGCGAGAUCGACGAGGAUGCUAGCACCAUGCCCGAGACCCCCGCCACGCGCCUGACCUCGCACCUGAUCGAGACCGUGCUGCCGCUGCUGACCGCCAAGGACAAGUUCGUGCGCUACCGCUCCACCCAGCUGAUCUCCCACAUCAUCAACUCGCUCGACGCCAUCGACGACGACCUGUUCCAGAAGCUGCGCUCCGGCCUGCUGAAGCGCAUCCGCGACAAGGAGGCCAUGGUGCGUGCCCAGGCCGUGCUGGGCCUCGGCCGCCUGGCGGGGAACCAGAUCGAGGCCGAGCCGAACUCGGACGAUAGCGACGACGAUGCCUCCAGCGGCCUGCUCGAGAGGCUCCUCGAGGUGCUGCAGAACGACCCCAGUGCCGACGUGCGGAGGUCGCUGCUGGUCAACCUGCCCAUCCUGCCCAACACCCUCCCGUUCCUCCUGGAGAGGGCGCGGGACCAAGACGCGGCAACCCGUCGUGCCGUCUACUCGAGGCUGCUGCCGGCCCUGGGCGACUUCCGCCACCUCUCGCUGUCCAUGAGAGAGAAGCUGCUGCGGUGGGGCUUGCGCGACAGAGAUGAGAACGUGCGCAAGGCUGCCGGCCGUCUCUUCCGCGAGCGCUGGAUCGAGGACUGCGCCGGCACCCCGCCGCCCGCCGAGUCGGGCCAGCCGGCCGAGGUGUCCCCGCCCAACCUCGAUGCCCUGCUCGAGCUCCUGGAGCGCAUCGAUGUCGUGAACUCGGGCGGCGAGAACGGCGUGGCGCUGGAGGCCAUGCGAGGUUUUUGGGAGGGACGGCCGGACUACAGGGAGGCGAUGGUCUUUGACGAUCACUUCUUCGAGACCCUGAGUGCCGAAUCGGUGUUUGUCGUCCGGACCUUCAACGAUUUCUGCCGCAACGAGGCCGACGGCAAGUACGAGUCGCUCGUCGAGGAGAAACUGCCCGAAGUCACCAAGGUCGCCUUCUACCUCGAGCGCUACAUCAAGGUCCUGAUCGAUGCCAUCAAGCGGGCCGAGGAGCAGGAAGUCGAGGAGGACGAGGAGGAGGACACGGCGGAGCAGGAGUUCAUAGUAGAGCAGCUGCUCCACAUCGCCCUCACGCUGGACUACUCGGACGAGGUCGGCCGGCGCAAGAUGUUCGCCUUGCUCCGCCAGACCCUGUCCAUUCCGGAGCUGCCGGAAGAGGCGACCAAGCUCACCGUCGCCGUGCUGCGGGACAUCUGCGCCCCCGAUGCGGCGGGCGAGAAGGAGUUCUGCAGCAUCGUCCUCGAGGCAGUAGCGGACGUGCACGACACCAUCGUCGACGACCUGCCCGGCGAGAACGACGACGAGAGCUUCCACUCGGCGAAGUCCGAGGUCAGCAACGACAGCACCCCGACCAAGAGCGGCAAGAGUAAGACUCCCGAGCUCUCCGAGGAGGAGGCCGCCGCCAAGGCCGUCAAGGAGAUCGUCAUCAACAUGAAGUGCCUGCACAUCGUGCAGUGCAUGCUCUGCAACGUGUCUGGCGACCUGCAGCAGAACGACCACCUCGUGGCCAUGCUCAACAACCUCGUCGUUCCCGCGGUGCGGAGCCACGAGGCGCCCGUGCGCGAGCGCGGUCUCGUCUGUCUCGGCCUGUGCUCGCUCCUCGACCGGUCGCUCGCCGAGGAAAACCUGAUGCUGUUCAUGCACUUCUUCAGCAAGGGCCACACGGAGCUGCAGAUCACGGCCCUGCACAUCCUCACCGACAUCCUCAACGUGCACGGCGCCCAGCUGCUGUCGUCAAACCCGGCCCUCCUCAAGGUGUACGUCAAGGCGCUCCGGUCCGGCGCGAAGCACCCGGAGGUGCAGGCCGCCGCGACCGUGGCCGUGUCCAAGCUGCUCCUCGGCCGCGUGGUCAGCGACCACGACGUGUCGGCCGAGCUGCUCAAGACGCUGGUGAUCGCCUACUUCGAGCCGGCCAGCGCCGGCAACCAGAGCGUGCGCCAGGCGCUCAACUACUUCCUGCCCGUCUUCUGCUACUCGCGCGCCGAGAACCAGGACCUGAUGCGCUGCGUCGCGCUCGACGCCCUGCACACGCUGUACAACGUGCGCGAGGGCUUCGACGACGACGACGCCGACAUCGACGACGAGAUGGUCUCGCUGGCCACCAUCGGCGCCUGCCUUGUCGACUGGACCGACCCGCGCAAGUGCUACUCCCCGGCUGCCGGCGGCGGUGCCAGCGGCAGCGGCAGCGGAGGGCUGGGCGAUCCCGCGGCCGCGGCCGCGGCCGAGAGGAAGCACGUCAACGCGGACGUGCACCUCGACUUUGCGCAGGAUAUCCUGGACCGCCUCGGCGGGAACGCUCCCAAAGAAGAAAAGAAAAUCCUCGCCGCCCUCCUCGGCAAGCUGUACGUCUCGCCGGCCUCGACCGAGCCCAAGACCCGCGCCGUCUACGCGUCCGUCUGCGCCGCCGUCGACACCCAGCUGCUCGCCGACGCCGCCGGCCGCAACGCGCUCUACAAGCUGCACGUCGCGCUCGGCAAGAUCGUCAACAACCUCGACGCCGCCGCCGAAGGAGGCGGCCAGGCGGGGGCGGCCGGUGGUGCCAUGACGACGACGAUGAUGGCGGCGGCCAAGAGUGGUGGCGGGCGCCGCAGCGCCAGCCGGGCUAGCUCCGUCGCUUUGAGCGCGGCCGAGGUGGCGUCUUCUGUUGCCCCGUCCGAGGAGAGGAGGAGGGCUGGGUCCAGGGAGGUGGAGAUUAAAGAGGAGGAGGAGGAGGAGGAGGAGACGGUUAUUGGGGUUCGGGGUGGGGACCCGGACCGGGAGGGGGACGGGGAAGAUGACGACGACGACGAUGAUGCCGGGACGGUGGUGCUUAAGUCGGUGGAGGAGGGGAGUAUUGUUGAUGAGCUCUUGUCGGAGGAGGAGCUGUGA